GGAUAGUACAUAUUAGAUACGCUCCAAUGAUUUUAACCGACUGUGUUUGGUCGCGUCCGAGAUCCACAAAUUGUGCCAAUGGGACACUCGCAGAUAUAUCGGCUAGCGGCCGCUUCGAUGAUAUUUUUUCAACGACUAUCGAAACUGUUUGAAUGUAACGCGAGAGCAAACGGACUCGCUAAAUAAACUUAAUGCCCUUAUAUGAAAUUUGCCAAUUGUUGCGAGUUAGAUCCACCAUCACUGUCAACCUGAUCAGUGUUGGACACGAUGGCUACCACGAGCACCCGAGAUGCUGCAGAAGCUCGGGAACGAGGCAACGACUUAUAUCGAGAAGGCCGGUUCAGUGAAGCGUCGAAAGAAUAUCAGAACGCUGCUACUCUGGAUCCUUCAAACCCAUCCCCAUUGUCAAACCUUUCGGCUGUCAGCUUUGAAACUGGCAGAUAUGCGGAAUGCGUUGAUUUCGCUGCAAAGGCGUUAGGCCUUCUCAAGGCUGGUCCAGCAAAUGAUACUCUUGAACAGAAAUUGCUAGUUAGGCAAGCCAAAGCUUAUCUUCAUCUGUCAAGUCCAAACAACGCCGAAGACAUCUCAAAUAGGCUAGAGCCAGGAAAGGAGGCCAAUGACCUCCGUAACUUGAUUAAGGGGUCGGGGGGAUUUGGUAAGCUCUCUUCGCAACGGAGAUUACUGCGCGAGAUGGUAUUGCAACUACCACGACUGAAACCAUGCAUACAGGACGAGCCGGAGUACUUCGGCUCUGGUGACGACGCGGCCGAAUCUGUAUACACAGCCGAGCUCGAGAAAACUGCUGGCAAGGAUCCAGUCUUGUCUAUGAUGUUCUGUGGUGUCUCAGACGCUCGUCACGUCUUCUGCACCCUCUUACAGUACUCCUCGGAGAACAAGGGUCCUCAGAAGUUACACAUAACCAUGCUGGAUCAUAAACCAAUUGUCAUAGCUCGCGAUUUGGUAUUUUUCAGCAUGCUGCAAGAAGUUGCUACUAAUCAAGACUCAAAAGAAUCAAAAGAAGUAACGUUGCUAAGUCUGAGUUACGUGUACUGCGCUCAAAUUAUCCCGCAAUUUGCAUGGGGCGAAUUACAGGGGACUAUCAAGCGACUAUUAGACAGACUCGAGAAGAAGCAACAGCCCACAGACAUGGUUUAUCUUCCGGUACAACAGAUGGACAAGGUCAUGAAUGUCCUGAAGAGUUGGCAGAACGAGCUCGCGACGCUGUACAAACCCUCUCAAAUACGUCGCAGUGUGGCUGAAAAUACUGCCAUGUUACCUGAAAUGGAAAUAUUCUUUAAGUUCAAAAUAGACCGACGGACUUUCAAUGACUUCUCCGUUCUGUUCCCCCCAGAAGAUAUGCUCCCGAUCCUCCAGCCGGGUUUGUCCACCCUCUUUGCAGAUUAUCAAGCAGGAAAGCAUGGAGCUCGGAAGCACGUCUCUAGCUACCUGAAUCAACAAUGGAAAGUAAACGUCACACUCCUCGAUGCGAAACUGCAAGCAAGGUAUAUGGGAUCAGAUGCCUUAGGCGUAAUGGGAAAACACCCAUUCAGAAUUAUCUUUGCAACGGCGAGGCAGCUAUUCGAAUUAUAUCCGCCUACUGGAUCGAUGUCUUGCUUGAAGUAUAUGAUGAAUUUCUUCGAGGAGGUCAGCCUGAGUUUACUCCAGUUACAAGAUAGGCUGACGAUCGAAAUGAUUGUUGGGGACAUGGCUGAAGUAUUGGAGAGAAUUCGCUAUGACGUCUUGGAUUUGGAUCGUCCUAAGCAGGGGGGAGAUGUAGGAGAUUCGGACUCGUCAACCACCGUCGACUGGCCUGCGCGAUAUCACUCGAUCCAUAUGAACAACGUUCCAGACUAUGUUGGAGGGUCUUUGACGAGCUUUCUCUACGGAACCCCUAUAUUAAAUAAAGGGGCUGGAACAGGCUUAACCAUGUGUAUUCUACGAAAUCCGAACUUGUGGAGUGGCCUGGAUCAUUUCAACUCGGAGCACUUGUUAAUGCAUGACCGAAAAUUGGUCGAGCAGCAUUUCCAAGUCAAGCUGGCCAAAGGACCUCCAGAAAUUGUCAUGCCGUUCGACUUGUGCUCCUAUCAUCGCUGGGAGAGAUGCGAGAGCAUACGUCCUUACCCCUUAGAGCAACUGAUAUCGCGACCGAGCUUUUCGAAAUGGUUAUAUGCCCACUUCCUCAAGAUAUGCAUACCAUUCCCUCGCCCUCAAGCUACAUGUCCUGCCUACGCACCUCUUAAUAUGACUGUAAUUCCAAGGCUGCUGGCUCGGAUGAGUGAGCUAGGCUACCCCGGUCAUUGGCUGUCGAGUAUUAUCACAUCUCUCGGCUGUGGUUCAAUCACCACCACAGCUAGAGCACCUUGGAGCAUCGUGCUUAGUCCUGCUGCCGAUCGCAAGAAACACCCAUCCCGAACUAUUUGUGUCAAGCCUUGGUCAGCAGAAUUCACUACGCUUGUCGCUCAGUGGCGGGGACUCCUCCCCUUCACUGUUGUGGUACCAAGUGGAAUCCUACCUCCACCGGAAGCCAUCGCCGAGUACUCUAUCAGGAUUCCCCAUGCCGUCGGUUCUUACCUUGACACUCCUCAUUUCACGUUGGUCUUCUGGAACUCUCAAAAGUACGGCACGCCGCCGCAGGAUCUAUACAAAAUUCUUCUUGACGAUGAGAGAGGUGAUAUGACGACCUCUGCUCAGAAGAUCAGGGCAGAUGGGAUCAACAUCUUAAGCACGUUCAAAUAUGUCUCGGAUCAUUGCACGGCUACCUUCUGGCUGAGGAGCGACACAAUGGACUUGAUGUUGAGAGAAGACUGGAGAGUGUUUAUUUGGAGAACUGAUUCGUGGUCAAGACACACACCGGGCCUGCCUCUGAAGAAUGCUGUGGUGAAAAAGAGGAACUGGGAAGAAUGCGUGGCCGCGUGAUAUCAUGUGUGUAGCGUGUAAUUGGUUUACGUAUGUGUGGACAUCGCUGGUUUGACGAUAGGGUCGCGAUUCAUUACAUAGGAACAAUUCAAGCGAGCACGUUUUCAUAUUUCUCGGCCAGCAGCCAUACGAACCGACCACAUUUACGUAGUGGAUUCGUAUGAACUGCUGUCAGAUGCUGGUAGGAGAUCUCCAGAAAAGAAGACCCGCUGAUGUGGGCGUGGUUGAGGUCUAUUUAAGAUAUGUUCUACAGGAGUGUAGGUUAUCCGAGGCGUCUGGGGUGUUAUUAGCGCCGACUGCUUUAUUGGCUGAUGGUGUCCGGCGCUUAAUACCGGCCCACCGUCUAUCUCAGAAUCUUGUUUGGUAUUACGGGGAUCAGCUACGGGGUCAAGAUGCAGAAGAUGCGUGGUAUACGCGCAUACCCAUACCCAGUCGGUAUUCCCAAUCUGUAGCCAGAGACUUGGGUUACCAUUUUUCUCCCCGCCGUACGUGAGUGGCACAAGUCUUGUUUGUCUGAGGCUCUAAACGUAGUGUACCUAUGCAGUGUAUGGUUUUUAGACCAGUCAAGGGGCUCGGCUAGCUCCGUCCGAUACAGCCGCCCGCGACUUUUCCACCAAUCGUCUUACACCGCUGCCGCUGAUCUGAGAUUGCGUUUUAGCCUAUGGCGGGAGGCGGCAAGCUGGGUACUGCCAAUUUCUAUAACUCGAGGAUAGAACAAAGAGACCAGUAUUUGUAAUAAUAUGA